GACGCUGAGCUGCGACGACUCCAAUCUCAUCUUUCUGAAACGCGUUUUAUUUGAAAUAACAUAGACUCUAGGCCUAGGCCUACGCUAAAAAAAUAGUUGGAGGAUGGGUGACAGAGGAUAUAAUCUAAAGUUUGGACCAGGGGCCGCUGAAUCAGUGGAUCAGUACCUGGAGUACAAACGGAUUGUUGGUGAAGAUGAUGGCGGAACCUUGUUCACACCAGAGCAGUAUGAGGCGUACAAGAAGAAGGUGGUCCCAACCCGUAUGAAGAACCGUUUGUUUGUGAGCUGGACGUCUCCUACUGGGAUGGACUGCAAGAUGAUCGGUCCAGAAACAAAGUGCUUCUGUCAACAUAGGUACAAGCAACACAAGACAGAUUUUGAGAAGAUCCCGACAGAGCGCCCUAUCAUGCUACCAUGCCGGGUCAAAGGUUGCAAGUGCGUCUCCUACAACUACGUGCCUCAAAACGGCAGCCAGCCAAUCAGAUGCCGGUGUAAGCAUUAUUCCGAUGAUCACACUGAAGACCAACACCACGGGUGCCGUAAAUCUGGAUGCCAAUGUGUAGCUUUCAAGAGUUCCUACACCUGCAGCUGUUCCCAGCCUACCUACGCACACGAGACCAUCGUAGAAACCAAGGAUGAGCGAAAGGCCAGGGGUCAUCCUGUGGGCCAUGAUGUUCCCUAUGCAGCCAUGGGGGGACUGACGGGGUUUAGCUCCCUAGCAGAGGGCUACAUGAGGCUGGAUGACAGUGGACUAGGUACGCCGGAUGAAGCCUUCCUGAACCAAGCAAUAGGAGCAAGCGAUCAUCCAUUCCUGCGCAUGCAUGCACCUACCCUCAACCGGCUGGAAGCCGGCAGGAAUGGUCAAGAAGUGGCCCAGCUGACCGACGACAUGGCUAACUUCAAGUUAACAGGCACUGAUGCCGAUAUGGAAUACUAUGAGAAAAGAUACCAGCAAAGGCUAAAAGAAGAGCGGAUGAGAGCAAGAGCUGCCCCUAACAUCAAACCUCCUGCUCGUAGACAAGCCUUGCCACAGACAAGAUCAGGAUCAUCAAGUGCUGCCAAGGCAAAGACCACAUCCUCAAGAUCUGGGAAACCUUCUGGGAAGUAGCUUAUUCCUGCAAUAUGAGUUGUACUGUUCAGAUUAAAUUAUUUAAAGCCUGUCUGUACUAGUUUGGUUAGGGGGAUUGGACCUCCCUGCAACGUUAUGACAGGUGGUUAUCUCAUCAAAUCAGCUCUCAAUUAACAUAAGAAAAAGAGGAUUAUGGG